AUGCCACCAACCGAGGAUCAAGUUGCUCCAGUCGGUAAGUAUUUUUUGGGAAAUCGGGAAAGUUUCGGAGAUCUUUGGGGGAUGAAAAUGUGCACAGUCUACCAAAAAAGCUGUGGAUGUUAAAAAAACAGUUUGGCACUGUUUUCGUUGGGCUGAAUAGUUCGUUCUUUUUUCUUGUUAUUUUUUUUUCAACUGGAGGUUUUUUUUCAAAUUUAUCAUCAGAAAAAUACUGAAAAUCGGAAUCAAAAUUUAGCAAAAAAUUUCAUUCCAUUUUUUCCGAGAUUUUUUUGAUUUUUGAUGGAUAAACGGUUUACAACCCCAGAUUCUGAAUCAAUUCACACAGCAAGUUACCCUAACUGAAACAAACUACAGUAAUCCUCAUUGUAUCAAAAAACGUGUAUUUCGCCGGAAAAAGAGAAGAUCAUAAUAUUCAAUGGUAAAUAUUUGAAUGGGAGAAUUUGAAUAAAUAUGUCAGAAAAAAAGAAGGAAAAUGAAUAUGAUUUUCGAGGAUUUUUAUUUGUUUGAGGAGUUGAGUUCACGAAUUUUUUAUUUUGAUUAUCUUCUUACUGUAUUUUAGUCGGUUUCGAUUUUGCAGUUUUAUAAGUUCAGUAAUUUUUCUGAGAUAUUUUCAAAACAAAUCCUAAAUAUUUUUCGGAAGAAGAACAAUUCUAGAACUCUAUGUUGAUUAAUAGUCUCAAAAAUCUGAACAUGCAAACAGUUUCUUUCUGGUUUUUUGCCUAAUUAUCACGUGCUAACAAUCUUUUCUGUUCAACUACAUUGUUCUUUCCACAAAUAAACUCAAAUCAACAAAUACUUAUUGUCAGAGAAAAAAUCAAGUUGUUGCUCCAACAAAAAAAUCGAAAAGUAAUUCUAUACCAAACACACUUUUUUCCUCAUUUUCUCUCUGUUUCCUAAACCGAACAGCUAACAUUAGAUGGUUUUUUUAGUUCACAAAAAUAGUAGCGCAGAGUAAAUAGGCAGGGAUGAGCAGCAAGCACAAUGGUUUGCUUGCUCAAUGAGCACACCUCCUCAUUUUUUGUCGCCCUAAGCCAUUUUCCCCAUUUUUUGUGUCUCGUUCUGUAUGCUUUCAUUUUAUUUUGGUAGUGGUUGAGAUUUGUUGUUGAAGUACUUGACACUUAUUUUUUUGUGUUAGGAAAUCAUGUGAUUCACGUAAAGUUUGUUUCGAAACUUAGAAAAUUCACUUUACUUAAAAUUUUACACAUCAGAUCAUGGAGUUUCUUAUUUGAAAAUGUUUUUUGAUACUCAACAUUUUCAAUUUCUAAAUGAUGAUUUGAACCAAAUCAACUUGAUAAUCCUGAAAUACCCACAUAUAUUUUCUGAAUCAAUAAAAGUACACUUUUUGGUAUAUUUUUAAAGUUUCCAACUGAGUAUAUCCCAAAACGAUUUCUCGAAAUGGUUCUGGAAUUCUGAAAUCCCCCAGAAAAAUCUAUAAAAAUUCUACCCCUCAAUUUUUUUUUUCAAAAUGAAAAAGUUCGCUCGAAAAGUUUCAAGAAGGUACUUGACACUUUUGUGUACUUUUCAUUUCAUAUAUCAAAAAGUAUCAUUUCAUUUCAUUUCAAAUAUCAUUUUCAUUUUCAUAUUUUCCUCAUAAACUAGUACAUUUUUGUUAUUCUCUCCUCAAACAAUAAUAAUCCUCGAAAAUCUUUUCAGGGCAACCAACACAGACAAGCAAAAGCUAAAAGCAAACAAAAAAGAACAACUCCCAAAUUCAAAUCACUUACUUUUUUUACUAUUUGUUUCUUCUUCUCAUUUCAUUUUAUCAAAAAAUGUUGUCUUUCACCACAACAACAACAAGCUCAAAUUAUCAAUUGGCAUCAUCAAAAUAUAUCUCAUCUGGAAAUGUACCAUCUAGUGGUUUUCCAUCACAUUAUUAUCCGGGAUCAAUUAGUCCACGACAAAAUGAUGCGAUCGAACGACAUCGACCAACUAGAAACAACACUACAGUAAAUGCGACACAGAAUAGCAUAGUUCCUAGUUUUCCAUCCGAUCAAUAUCGUAGUUUUGUGGCUGCACCACGUUCACCACGUUCUUUUGGUGAUUAUCCGGAAUUGACUGGAAAAACUGAGUCCGUUUCAAGACCAGUGCCAAUUACAAUUAUUAGAUCAAGUAGUCCAGAAGAGAUUCGAAUUCCUGUUCCAAUACAACAACAGGUUAAUCAACAAUCUGUUUAUAUUCAAAAUGAAAAUCAAUAUGAGAAAGGUUCGAAACAAAACACCCACAUAUAAUUAAUAUAUCUUUUUCAAUAUGAAUCAACUCAUUUUUUCAGAGGAGCAACCAAAUGCGACCAUGGAAACCAAAGUCACCGGACAAGGUCAACCAAAACGUGUCGGAAGAUGGACAUUGGCACAACUUCGUCAAACUGACGGAAUUAUUCCAUCUCAAGCUGGUUGGAAUAAGGGAGACUCACAAAAAUUGAUGACUAACUUCGGUACGCCAAGAAACACCAACACUCGUGUCAAAUCCGAAAACUUGCAAGUGAGUUUCUGAAAUAAAACAAAUAUUGAUAAGGAGGAAGUUUCUAGUCUCAUUUUUCUUUUCCGUAGUCAGAAGUUUUCAAAACCCCGGUAGCAUUUUCUUGAUGAUAUUUAUCUACCAUUAAAUGAUUUCAGGAAAUCCCAGAAGAUAUUGCUCAACGUACACACGGAGAAGUUCGUCUUCAAUCUGGUACCAACAAAUAUGCAUCACAAAGAGGAAUGGUUGGAUUCGGAUCAGGCAGAGAUGUGUGCAGAGAAGGAGUUCGCGUCGCUCAAAACCCAUCUGAUUUACCUGAAUUACCAGAAGAAAAGAUUCGUCUUUCUGAAGGAAUUGUUCGUCUUCAAGCCGGUACAAACAAAUAUGACUCACAAAAGGGAAUGACUGGUUUCGGUACUGGACGUCGUGAAACAACUAAAAUGGUUGACUCGAAACAUCCAGAAUAUGAUCAUGAGAAACCAGAUCAAUCUGAAAUUCCAUUGCAAUCUGGUACCAACAAAUUCGCUUCACAAAAGGGAAUGACUGGAUUCGGUACUGCUCGUCGUGAAACAACUAAAAUGGUUGACACAAAUCAUCCUGAUUAUUCACAUGAACAAUCAAUUGAUCAAACAACAAUUCCAUCUCAAAUGGGAUCAAAUCAAUAUGCAUCACAAAAGGGAAUGACUGGAUUUGGACAACCAAGAUGGGAAGUUUUGGAUCCAAGCAUUUCAUGGCAAAACAGAAAAUCACAAGGAAUGGUUCGACUCCAAUCUGGUACCAACAGAUUCGCUUCACAAGCUGUGAGUUUAUUCUUAAAAACAUGUAGAUCAAAAAACAAUAAUUGUUUUGUAGGGAAUGAUCGGAUUCGGAACAUGCAGAAACACAACAUUCGAAGCUGAAGGUGGUGAACUUCCAUACGAAGCACAAAAAGUAUCUGAGACAAUAAUUCCAUCACAAGCUGGUUGGAAUAAGGGAGAUUCGCAAAAGAGAAUGACAUCAUUUGGUGCUCCACGUGAUGUUAAGGGAAAACAUUUGAAACGAAUCUGGGAAUUGGAAUAUCCAGAAGAAGCCGAAAUUUCACUCGAUCGUCUUUAA